AAGAAGAAGAAGAAGAAGAAGAAGAAGAAGCAGAAGAAGAAGAAGAAGAAGCAGAGGACAUGCUGGCUCACACGGGGAACUGUCACAUGAUUUUCUCACAGACGGGACGUCACUCGGCUUCGCCCACGCCUCAGACCCUCUGCAGGAUGUCGGAGGGCGACGUCACGGUGCUGCCGUUCGGACCCGCGCCCCUGGACCUGUCCGGCCACGAGCAGCGGACGCUAACCCGGCUCUACAGCAAGAACGGAGGAUACCACCUGAGGAUUUUACCGGACGGAGCCGUGAGCGGAGGGAGGAUGGAAGACGACCCGUACGACGUCCUGCGGCUGAAGGCUGUGAGCGUCGGAGUGGUGGUCAUCAGAGGUGAGGCGACCGGACGCUACCUGGCCAUGAACAAACAUGGACGCCUCUACGGAUCGCAAGCGCUGAACGAUGAGUGUUACUUUCUGGAGAAGUACGAGGAGAACCACUACAACACGUAUCGCUCUCAGAAGUACGGCUGGUACGUCGCCUUGAAGAGGAACGGCCAACCCAAAGCGGGACCCGACACCAACCUGGGUCAGAAGGGCGUCUACUUCCUGCCCAGGUCUGCAGGCAGCACGUAAACCAAACAUGAGCACGAGGAACUUCUUCUUAAUGUAAAGCAUCGGCUCAAUGUUACGCUGGACGACGUAUAAUGAGGCGACUUUAAACCAGUAUCAUCAUAUUAAUAAUGUUUAUUAGGACCGAAUGCUCCUCCUCACGCAGGCUGAAGCUACGUGGGGCAUCGGCGCAUGGUGUCAGGUUUGAUAAAUAAGAGUUCACUUUGACAUACCACAGCUGGGAGGAAGCCAAAGAACAGCUUUCACACAAAAAUAGUUUUACGAUUGAUCAUGUCUGGUACAAAGGAAACCAGCAGAGCAAUAAAAAAAGAAAACAAAAAAAAGAACGACCAUCUGGAGCGAAUUCAGACUGAGACGAGGAGGAAGAAAGGAUUUCAGUUUGUUCACAGUACAGUAGGAUGUUUAUCGUAAAUAUGUAACUGUAAUUACUUCAGUGCCUUGACUUGUGAAUGUUUGCUUGUGUUAGGAAGAGCUGCAGGAGCUGAUGCCAUAUUUGUGCCAGUUGUGUCUUUAAAGACGAAUGUGAAAACUUUGAAGCGAUUAUUUCUUUCCGUUUAAGCACAUUAAUAUUUCUGUUUUCUUUCUCUAGCAUAAAAUAUCACAUAUAUAUAUAUAUAAAUAAUAAUUUUAUUUACUGUACCAUUAUGCUAAAUGACUAUCGUGAAUAUUUAUUUAUUAAGAUGUAUUUAAUUUUUACACAAAACUGUAACAGACACUUAAUAGUGAUAUAUGCAAAAGGUAAUUUUGACACAUUUUCACAAAUUAAUAUAUAUUGUAUUCAGCGUAUUUACAUGUAUGAAAUAAAUCUGCAUUAUUAUCAAUAAAUAAAUGUUUAAUUGA